AUGGGGGCGGUAUUAGUGAAAGAGCAAGACAAUGUACAGCGGCCAGUGUAUUUUUUCAGUUAUCUAUUAAAGAGAUCUGAAUCUCGAUACACAACUAUAGAAAAGUUGGUCUAUGGAUUAGUGCUUAUGGCUCAGCGUCUAAGGCCUUAUUUUCUGGCGCAUCCCAUCACGAUCUUGACCAACAACACUAUGGGUAAAGCUCUGACCAAUGUUGAAGUCGCUGGUCGGCUUAUUAAAUGGGCGACCGAAUUGGGGGAGUACAAUAUCACUUAUCAACCUCGCACAGCUAUCAAAGCACAAGCCCUGGCUGAUUUCUUGACCGAGCUGGCCGUGCGAUUGAACUUCAGGGCCACUAAUAACGAAACAGAGUAUGAAGCUCUAUUGGCAGGCCUACAAGCAGCCCGACACGUAGGAGCUGCCCGAGUCAUUAUUUAUUCAGACUCCCAAUUAGUGACUCAACAAGUAACUGGCAACUUUGAAAUCAACUGUGACAAGUUGCAAUUAUACCGGGAAGCCUAUGAGAAGAUGAAAGAAGAGUUCAAGGAGGUCACAGUCAGCAAAAUUCCGAGAGCAGAAAAUAGCAGGGCUGACAAGUUAGCCAAAAUGGCCAGUUCUUUGACCACCCGGGUACUGGAUAGGUCAAUAGCACAGACCUUUCUCAUAACCCAGAUAGAUUUGCAAAAUAACCAGAAUGAGAUUAUUGAUUGGAGAGCACCUAUGAUUAGUUAUCUUCAACAAAGUGCCUUACCGACAGACCUGAAGCAGUCACGACUGAUCAGGAAAAAGGCCUAUGCCUACACCAUGGUAGGAGACCAAUUGUACAAGCGAGUAUUCUCCAGGCCUUUACUCAAAUGUAUAAGCGUAGAAGAGGCGGAUCAGGUCCUACGAGAGAUGCAUCUGGGGUGCUAUGGCAGUCAUGCCGGAGGGCGAACGUUAGCUUGUAAGUGGGGUAUGGACAUUGUCGAUCCUUUCCCUAUGACAUCCGGUCAAAAGCGAUUCUUACUGGUGGUCGUGGAUUACUUUUCCAAGUGGGCGAAAGCCGAAGCUCUGGCCAGGAUUACUGAGGGAGCAGUUAUUCAAUUUUUAUGGAGGAACAUUUUGUAUAGAUUCGACAUACCCCAUAAGCUGGUAUCGGAUAAUGGAAGGCAAUUUCAAGAUCGGAAGAUCCAGAUCGAGGUUAUCAAUCGAGAAAUUGUACGAGGACUUAAAGUGAAGUUGGAUCAUGUCGGAGGAGAUUGGGUGGAGGAGCUGCAAAGUGUUCUCUGGACGUAUCGUACGACACCUCGGGAAAGCACAAGUCUUACUCCAUUCCACCUGGUCUACGGUAGUGAGGCAGUCAUGCCUGUGGAGGUCGGGGUGCCUUCAAUUAGAAGAAUGUUAUAUGACGAGGAGAACGCCGAGCGACGACUGGCAGAGCUAGAUCUCAUUAUUGAAAUUCGUGAACAAACAGCAGCCUGA